AGAGAGAGAGAGAGAGACAGGGGGAGAGAUGUGGACACUCCCAGACAGAAAGUCAGUGGAGUGCAGCAGCCACUUCUCUCCAGAGCGGGAAAUCACUCUCCUCCGCAUCCUCGCUGCAGGUUCGCAGCUCCGAGACGCGCCGGGAUGUUCUACUUUCACUGCCCGCCGCAGCUGGACGCGGAGUGCUGUCGCUCCAACACGCUGAAUGCAAGCGGCUUCGGCAACCACGCCCCGGCUGAUUUUGAUGAUGGAUUUCUACGAAGAAAACAGCGCAGAAAUAGAACAACGUUUACUUUGCAACAGCUGGAGGCUUUGGAGGCCGUCUUUGCCCAGACUCACUACCCCGACGUGUUUACCCGGGAGGAGCUGGCCAUGAAGAUCAACCUGACCGAGGCCAGGGUGCAGGUUUGGUUUCAGAAUCGCAGAGCAAAGUGGAGGAAGACAGAGCGAGGGAGCGCAGACUCCGAAGGAGGGAAAGAGCAGAUGAAUGACGGCACUCCUGCAUCCCGAGGCAUCAACUCUCAGUCCCCAGUGGACCACAGCAGAAAGCAGAAAGAACCGAUGGAGAUGCAGCAGAGUAUCAACAGGACAGUGGGUCCAAGUGGUCCGUUCUUCCCGUCUUGUAUACCAGGCACACUCCUCAACUCCGCCACCUACGCCCAGGCCCUCUCACAGGUCGCCACACUGAAAGGUAAUGGCUUGUGCUCCUGCUGUGUUUCUGACCCCAUGGGCUUGUCCUUCCUGCCGCCCUACGGUUGUCAGGGCAACCGCACGGCCAGUGUGGCCGCCCUGCGCAUGAAGGCCCGAGAGCACUCGGAGGCCGUGCUGCAGUCAGCCAACCUGCUUGGUGCGGCAACCGGGCCCGGUGCCGGCGCCGGCGUGGGAGUCCUGUCCGGAGUCGGCAUGGGCGCAGCCGGGAUGGCGAGACCCACAGAGGCUCCCGUCACUUUGGGAAGAGGAAGAGACAGCUCCAGUCCCAGCAGCCCGGCCACCAAGGUCCCAGUGCUGGGUGGCAGCCAUGACAAACACCCUCACUGCUCCAAGGAAUCACUGGAGAAAAAGUGAAGCGCUGGACAACAACAUGGAUGUACUGAUACUCUAAAUCUUUGUGAUCGUGCCUGUUAUUACUACGCUACUCUGGUCCUAUGAGCAACUAAGCACAGCUACUGACUGACUCCACAAACCUGCCUGGGAAAAUCAUAUUGAUAUCACAAUGUAUGGAUGCAACAUUUAAAUAUUUAUUUGACUGUAAAUUAUUCUUGUUUGUGAGAAAUGCUUAAUAUUUGGGGCCUUGUUAUCCCCAUAGAAGCACAAGUGUGGUUUUGGAUCUAUAUCUGUCUUCGUGAACUCUUGGACUCUUACUUGAUGGACUAAGGUUGAUACAACAUGUGUGCAAGAAAAUCCUAUUUGAUAAUGUGAAUUUAAGUAAUGUUCCUCUCGUGUUCAUAAAGGGGACCGACGCUUACAUUGUUAAUGUCAAUGCAUGUAAACUGUAGAACUGAUGGCAGGACAUUGAGGACUUUGGAGGAUUUUGGCAAUAGGAUGUUUACGCCAUCAGGUCAUUAAUGGCCUCGAACAAUAUCUCAUUCAUUUGAUUUUAAAGUGAAAGUGAAGUUACAUUUUCUUUUUCCGUGUGUAGAUGUGUACAUACAGGCGGGCAGAGCGGUGCUUGUCCCGUCCACUCUGUUAGCACAUCAGUAGUUCCAGCAGACAGGAACCACACCAGUCCUGUUGUGACAUGUUCUUUAAAACAAUUAAAGAUGUAGUCGCUCAUGUUCCUCUCCUGUUGCCUCGCGCUCCAGCCAUCUGUUCGGAUACAUUAUUUAUCAGUUUCCUUUAAAGCCGGCAGAGGAGAGCAAUCGUGACUCUUAUUAUUUAUUUACUUUUAGGAAUGCUUUCUCCUGCUCUCUCUAAGCAUUUUUUAAUAAACCCCAUUAAACAUAAUACAUACUAUUUAUUAAUGUUGAAUUUACGUAUAGAAAAACAUCAUCUCUCAUCACCUCAGGGCUCUUUACACGGCAGUUUAUCACAGGCAAUACAUUGGUUGACGCACUAUUCCUAAAUAUCUCUUAUCACUGGAAUGACUGUUGAAAAAGGGGUCAGCUGAUCGGAAUGAGAAUACUUAACCGCGGAGCACACAAUUCAAUUUACGUCCUUGAGGAUUUUCAGGAAAUUACUUUUGAUAGUCAAUAACACAAUUAAGUAAACUACAUGCACAUUAUCAUGAAUAAUUGAUAAGAAAUUAUGUAUUACCAUGAAGUACUGGUUCAAUAAUUGAUGAGGCGACACCCUGGUGACACAGAAGAAGGAGAUAAUGUCAGAAGUCGUGCCAGGUUGUAAACAGAGUACGGAGGACCAACAUCCUCUAUUUAUUUUACACCAUUAUGUGUGCAUGUUGUACGCCGAGUACCCUACACAUGUUCCAAUAAAGCGAUGCUUUCACCUUC